AUCACGAGUACGGAACUGUUUACGUUGCGGUAUUUGUGUAUUUGGCAUAUCCUUAAAAUUGGACGAAGUCCUGCAACGUCAACAAAACCAAAGACUUUGAAUUGACUCGAAGGAUGACUUGGAAGGGGACACUAUGUAUCCUCCUCUCCCUCAAUGUUUUUCUCAACCUAUCCUCUUUCUGUGAUGGUCAUCCCCACUCUGCACAAACUAUAAAUUCAGGAUCUGCUGUCAGAGUCUUAUCCAAUGAUACUGCAAAGAGAGCUGGGGUUGCAGCUGAGGUAGCAGGCUAUGCUGAUGUGGCCAAACAGAUCAUUGACCUGGCUGUGUUCGGUGCUGCCCAGAACCGCUCUUACAGACGGCUCGCAGACUUUACUGACACUAUAGGAAACCGCGUCAGUGGCUCAAACAACUUGGAGAUGGCUAUUAAAUACAUGUACAAUGCCAUGGUGCAGGAUGGGUUGGAUGUACACCUGGAGCCAGUAAAAAUCCCACACUGGGUACGGGGGAAGGAGAGUGCAGAGAUGACUGCUCCUCGAGCCAAGACUCUGGCUAUACUGGGAUUGGGUAGCAGCGUAGGAACACCCCCUGAAGGUAUUGAGGCAGAGGUGUUGGUAGUUCAGUCUUUUGAGGAACUGAAGCGUCGAGCCAGUGAGGCCGCAGGAAGGAUUGUGGUUUUUAACCAGCCAUAUGUUAGCUAUGGAGAGACAGUGGCAUACCGUGCUUAUGGUGCCUCUGAGGCAGCCAAAGUAGGAGCUGUGGCUACACUCAUUCGAUCAGUCACUCCAUUCUCUAUUAACAGUCCCCACACAGGCUGGCAGGACUACCAAGAUGGAGUGAAGCGCAUCCCCACAGCCUGCAUCACUGUGGAGGAUACUGAGCUGAUGUGGCGUAUGGCACAAAGAGGUCAGAAAAUUGUGGUUAAACUCACCAUGGGAGCCAAGACCCUUCCUGAUGCUGACUCUUUCAACACGGUGGCUGAGAUAAAAGGCUGGCAACACCCUGAGCAGGUUGUCUUACUGAGCGGACAUUUGGACAGCUGGGAUGUGGGCCAGGGUGCCAUGGAUGACGGAGGCGGAGCCAUGAUUUCCUGGGAGGCCCUGUCACUCAUCAAAGACCUUGGUCUGCGUCCAAGGAGAACUUUGCGAACAGUGCUGUGGACAGCCGAGGAGCAGGGCGGAGUCGGAGCACAGCAAUACUUUAAUCUACACAAGGUAAACAUGUCCAACUUUGACCUUGUCAUGGAGUCCGACUUGGGGACGUUCACCCCCAUUGGCCUGCAAUUUACAGGCAGUGAUGCAGCACAAAAGGUGAUGGAAGAAGUGGUCAAACUUUUGGCUCCCAUUAAUACAACCAAACUCGAGGCCCACGGUGAAGGGACAGACAUCUCACCAUGGAUGCAGGCAGGAGUUCCAGGUGCCAGCCUCCACGUGGCAGACAGCCGUUACUUUUGGUUCCACCACAGUGAAGGCGACACCAUGAGCGUCCAGGACCCUCGAGACAUGGACCUCUGCUCGGCAUUGUGGGCCGUGGUUGCUUAUGUCGUGGCAGACCUGCAGGAAAUGCUGCCCAGAUAGCACGACCUGCUGUGAACUGUACAUCUUUACAUAAAGCAAAACUCUUGUUAAAUUAUAUUUCUAAAAAAGACUUGAUCCAAAGUCCAUUCAGAUGAAAAACUGACAUUCUGUUCAAAAUGAUUUCUUUCUUUUUGUUUCAAGACAAGCUGCCACCUUUGCUAUGCCAUCUACAAAAUGCCUUGUGUAGAUUAGUUAGUGACACAAACUGAUCAGCCGUCUUGUGAUACAACAUACAUCCUCUUUUUUGCACGACAGUAUAACCAUCGAUAAAAGCUUAACAGCUAUUUCAUUUUGCACAAAUGCACUCCUCCGAGUUUGUGUUUUUUCCAUCUGACCACAUGCAGCUUUCUGCACCAUCUUUAUACUUAUCAACCACACUGUGUUUGUGUGCUGUUUCCUUUAUUGUUACUAAAACUGAAUCUGAAGCAGAGGGUAGAGCAACCAUGGCAGUUUGUCUUGAAACAACUGUAAUAUUCACAUUAUGACUUUUUUUUCCAUGAAAAAGUUUUUCGACUCGAAAUUUUAACUUUAUUCUCAAAAUGAUCUAUACAUGUUUUUCUUAAUGUGGCCCUAAUACUCCUUCGUAUCAAAGAGAUGCUUUUACAUAAUGAUUUUUAACACAGAAGAGUAUAUUAUGUUAUGAAUGAGGAGAAAUUAUUUUUUUAAUGAAUAUGUUUUUAAAUUUAGGGUUAUUGUAGACAAGGAGGGAUAAAAUAUAGAUCUGAGUACUGUAAUGUUAUGUGCAAUAGGAAGUUUGUUUAAGGUGUGUGAAAUUAAAGAAAUGGACUACAAAGUU